AUGCUUUCAAGAGGUCAUACCAAUUACAUAAACGUGGACUGCGACAAUCUCCGCAGGACUUCGUUGGGAAUCCUGUCCUGCACACAGGUUAGGGACAGGCUGGACUGCCUGAAGAAAAUGCGCGACGGAGAGGCAGAGUUCGGUUACUUCGAAGCCGAGGACGUGAAUCUGGCCUCCCUGUCCUUCAGCGGGAAAUUUGAAGCCGUCGUCAAGCUUUCUCAUCCCGAGAACGAAGUCCGCCGCGUGUUCAUGCUGGUUCACAACGCUUCGAACCCGAGCCCGAAGAGCCUCUGCCACCCGGGGUUCAAUCUCCAGAGGCUCUUCCCCCUCGCUCUCCACCGCCCCCCCACCCCCUCCACCAAGGACAUGCUGCUGAGUGUUCAGAAUCACAUCCAGAUGCUGGCGAGAGAUUGGACGAGCGCUUGCAUCCCCGGAAAGUGGUCUCAAGAUCCCACUACGGAUCGCCAGCUCAAGCGGCGUUAUAGCCACCUGUGCAGCGCGUGCCCCGGUGAGAACUGCGACGGGGCGGACACCUAUGCAGGCUCGGGCGCUCUCACGUGCCUUUUCGAUCGCGUGGCAGAUGCGGCCAUUGUCUCCGAUGUCGACUUCCGCAGGCAGAGGGAUGUGAAUCCGCAGGUGAAGGACCUAUACCACUUCUGCCGCGUCGGGAAUGGCAGCGUGCAGCCCCUCGGACCAGCCACCGUCGACGACAGGGAGCCGUGCGACUGGGGUCAGCGCCCCCCCUCAGUCCUGCUCACCCCCCCGUGCGGAAAGGAUUCCUGCCAAACCAUGCGAGAUCUCUGGGUCAGCGGGAUCAUUGGCCAUUCAGAGAGUGUGGCCCAGAUCCUUGGCAUUCCCUCGUCCACCAAGUUCGAGGCCAUGGAGACCGCGCUCUCGCCUGCGAGGAUCAUUAAGAACGCCGGCUACAAACUGGGCCAAAGCCUGAUCAAGAACCCCGUCCGCUUCUGCGUGACGAACGAAGCCGAGUUAGCCAAGUGCCGCGACCUGCAGAUGGCGGCGGAGGCGUACGGUGUCGGUGCCAAUGUCGGGGUCGACUGCGUCCUGGACAACAUCGACUCGCACUGCUACCCGGACAUCUACCUUGGGAGAGCUGAUGUCAUCGCCCUUGACGGGGGAGAUGUCUACCAAGUCAGGCAAGAUUAUGGGUUCGACCGCCUUCUGAGUGAAGUAUAUAACAGCACUUCGGGCAGGACGACGUCGUCAUACUACGCUGUGGCCGUGGUGAGGGCAGAAUCCAACAUCACCUAUUUCUCUCAACUUAGAGGACGGAAGUCUUGCCACACAGGCAUCGGGAAGACCUCAGGCUGGAAGAUGCCCGUGGCCAUGCUUCUGAAGGAGCGGCUGAUCGACCCCCGCCACUGCAACUACAUCAACGCCGUCGCCGAGUUCUUCACGGGAGGCUCCUGCGCGCCCGGAGCCAAAUCCAGCAAGUACAACCCCAACGGCAACUAUGUGGAGUCGCUCUGCCGCCUCUGCAGGGGGGGCACGGACACCCACUGCGUCAGGGGAACCAGCGAGCCCUUCUACUCGUACUCGGGGGCCUUCAGGUGUCUGGUUCAGGGCGGAGGGGACGUCGCCUUCGUCAAGCACACGACCGUCCCCGACCACACAGAUGGACACAGCACUGCCUCAUGGACGGUGGGCCUUCGUUCAGACCAGUUCAAGCUCCUGUGUUCGACCGGAGACCGAGCGGCGGUGACCGAAUAUAAGACCUGCAACCUGGCCAUGGUUCCCGCACACGAGGUCGUUGUGUCUGGCCGAAUGCGCGAGCCGAGAAAAGCUCAAGUGCGCGAUGUCCUUCUUGGCGUCUCCGAGGCCUUCGGCAGCGCCGCCCCCGGGAGCAAGACCUUCAGUCUCUUCGGGAAGUACCAGGGGCUGCCUGACCUACUCUUCAAGGAUUCGGCUGUGGGUUUAAAGGCACUGACUGAGGACACGACGGAGGAAAGGAGGAAUAAAGAGGAUUAUUUUAAAAAGCUUGAUGAACUGCAUUCUUGCGAAAUCCGCGUGUGUGCCUUGGAGGAUGAAAUGGAGGACUGCGAAGCCAUGGUCGCUGACAUGUGGGCAGAGGGGUACCGCUUCGUUUGCGCCAGUGCUAGGGACAGACUGGACUGCAUGAGGCGGGUGAAGCUGGGCCAAGUGGACAUGUCUCCUCUCACCGGGCGCUACCUCGGCCUUGAUAACUUCAGGGUGUUCGCCGUCAUGAGGGACCCGGCCUUCGCUGCAGACGAGUUCCGGUACAAGGCAGUGACUGUGGUGAGGCGUUCUCGCGUGGCCAAGAUCUCCGACUUGAGGGGCACCAAGUCUUGUCAUACGGGGUACGGAAGGACGACCGGAUGGAGGAUCCCUGUGGCGCUGCUGAAGCGCGAGGGCGUGAUCUCCCCCUCAUGCGACCCCCACCAGUCCGCCCUUGAGCACGAGAUCGCCGGCGUGGCUACGACCUUCAACCGGGCCUGCGUUCCUGGCGACUGGUCCUCGUCGGAGAGCUUCGACAGAGAUCUCAAGAACAAAUACUCCUCCAUGUGCUCCAUGUGCAGGAGCAAGAGGUGCGACAAGAACGACGAAUACGCAGGCUACACGGGGGCCCUGCGCUGCCUGACGGAGGGGGGCGGCGACGUGGCCUUCUCGAAGCUGUCGGUGGUGAAGGACUACUUCCAGAACACUCGCGCAUUUGUCUCUGAGGCCUACGGUUUGCUCUGCCGCGACGAUCGAGUGGUGCCCAUCUUCUCUCCUGAGGCUGAUGAAUGCUACUGGGCUGCGCGACCCUGGGAUGCUUACGUUACCUCGGUUGAUGCCAGCGACGCCAAGGCCCAGAAGCUGUUCUCGGCACUAACGCAGGCGAGGCUAAAGGGCGAGGAGAACCUGAAGGCUCGCAAGUGGUACUCCAGUACACUUGGAAUCAAGCAGAACCUUCAGGACAUCUUCCCCAUCUUAGUGAACGUCACCACUCAGGAAUUCUACGGCAAGACACAAAUGAACAUCGUGGAAGCAGAGGAGAUGUGUCCUGAGAAACCCGUGAGGUUCUGCGGGAUACAAGCGGACGAGCUGAGCAAAUGCACAGACCUGGAAGCUGUUCUCAAACUGCGCGGCGUGUCUCCUCCCUUGCAAUGCGUCAUGGGCACCACCCUCAAUGACUGCCUCAAUCUCAUCACACGCAACAAGGCGGAUCUCAUGACUCUCACUGACAAGCAGAGAUUCAACACGCAUCAAGCAUACAACCUAGUAAGCCUUUUGUCUGAGAACUACGGCCAAGCUAAAGAUAGUCUAUACUACCUGUUGGCUGUUGUUUCAAAGUCAUCUGGAAUCAAUUCAACGAGUGACUUGGCUGGUAAAUCGUCAUGUCAGAAAUCGAGAAAUGGCACAACAGCUGAUCAAAUUGACGCCGAACUAAAGGAAUGUCUCAGUGGCUCAAGUGAAUUCUUCGAAAGCUUCAGAGAUGCAUUAGUAUGUCUUAAUGUAGGACAUAAGGACGUGGCCUUUGUCAAAUACCCCGCAACCGAGCCUACAGACACAGACCAACUUGAAAACUUGAACAGCGACAACUAUCAGCUGCUGUGUCCUACUGGUGUUGCUCCUGUCCAUGAAGAUCACCUUAAGGAGUGUAAUCUUGGGCGGAUUCCUGCUAAUGUGAUUGUGACACGGCAGACGGAGACAGGAGCUAGCAAAGAGAACAUGAGACACCUGAUGUUGACUGCUGCUGAUAACUUUGGAAAGUCUGAUUCGUUCUUCAGACUUUUUUAUGAGUAUUUCUCUUCAAAGGAUCUUCUUUUCAAGGACCAAACCACAGACCUAAGUGUGCUUUCAGACGAACACUACCAGACCGAGGUUAUGAACAUGUUCUCUAUGGCUUGCAACCUUUAUAGUCACCACAUUCGCACAAGCUCUUGGCUCAAUACAUAAAAAAAAACUUUCUUUGGAGCAAUUGUAGUCUUUAUUCUACAAUUGCUGUAGAAUAAAGAUCUGGGAUUAUUUAGGAUUCUCUUUGGAUAUUCCCCUUUCUACUACUUAUUGGGAAGGUCAUAAUUCCUUUUAUUCCUUUUACCCUUUUUCUGAACCGAUAUAAAAUUACUUUCCUCAAAAUAAUAUGUGCCGCAAAUAAGGUCAAAGGAAGAGCUAUAGGAUUGUUGGAUGAUGCUAUAACAAAAGCAGAUGUAAUGCAAUUACUGGAAUUACUCUGAGGCAUUCCGUAUGUGCACUACCUUGUAGGUACUACUGAAAGAUUAAGUAAAAAUUAUAAUUAAAUAAUGUUAUAAAUCUAUGGUAAUGAUAGCCUGAAAUCCCCAAGGUUUAGUAUGAUUCUUGUGACAUUCCCAAGUUUGUGUCAUUUACAAUAAAUUUAUAAUGCUUAAACUGUAUCCAUACAAGGGAAAGAGCAGUUUUCAGGUUCACGCUUUGGCCACCACUGGUCACUCUUGUUUCGUAUCCAAACAAGAAGACAAGGUGUAUGCAUUUUAAUGGUUUGCCUACAUUUCCUUGCCUGUGGUGUCAUCUCCAUACGGGCCCACAACCCAUUUUUCAGAUGAGGGAAAUACAUGAUUUGGUAACAAUGCUUGACUGCAAAGGCUCUAACCCAUGUGUGGACACAGCUUUACUUUUUUUGUAAUUUUUACAAAUGGUGUAGAUAUCAUUUAUCUGUUGGUUAAACAAAUAUCCUUUUAUAAUAAACUGAAAUAGCUCUGAAGAUUUGCAAGGGUUAUUGUGAAAAUGAGCAACUGUUGAUAGCUUGCAAACUAUAAUAUAUUUGCACAGGUACCUAAAACAGGUAUGAAGCUUUGUCCUCUCCACAUCCAGUGUAAUAAAUGCUAGUUUUAAAUGUAUUUAAAAUACAUGACAAUAGGGGCAACAGAUACAAGAGUCAAAACUGGUGGUUCACAAACUGGUACACGUGCACAGUAAAAGGAAGUGAAGGCGACAUACUGAAUGAUAUAUAAACAAGAAAUGCUUAGAACUUGCAAGAAAAAUAUAUGAGCUGUAUAGUCAUCAGGAUGUUUAUAUUAAUUACCUGCUUCUUUGGGACUGCUAUGUUUCCUAUUAAUUAUUGUUGAAUGAUGUUCAUUCACUACAUAAAUAUAUGUUAGAGGCAAUAUGUUGUUUAAUAUACACUGAUAUACAUUCACAAGGAAGAACUGUGCAUUAUAGAUGUGUAAUUAUAUGUCUGUGCCUGUCCUGAACCUAUACAAAUUAAAUGAGGAAUAUUAAUGCUCAAGCAGUUAAGAAAAUUAGGCAACUUUUGUGAGAAAACACUUUUUUACAUUUGUUGCUUAUGGUUCCCAGGCUGAUUCUGCACUCAAUAUCCGUGCAUUUCCUGUAACCAGUAAAUUUAGUUUGUAAUGAAACAUGAACAGCACAGAAUAUUGAGAGACAAAUGUAGCUUACAUACAGAAUUUCAGUAACAUGGGUCAUAAUAAAACCAUAAGGUCUGAAGAAUUAUAA